CAUUAUGUUUACGCAAUAUGUUGUGUAUGUAGUGGAUGCUGGCGCAAUUGUGCUGGGACAUGUAGUCUAGUCGAAUGAUUAAAUGGACAUAUUUCGCAGAAUUUCUCAUUCGUAGAGAACCAGUCCAUGAAGCUAAUGCAGAACCUACUGAUCAUGCAGAUGAUGAUGCCACUCAUGCAGCUGAUGGCGAUCCCGCAGAUGAUGAUGACACAGUUGAGAUAACGCGUCGAGCAAUACAAAUUGCUGAAGAGCUUAUUGGUCGGAAUCUGAUAUUACCUGAUGGCAUGUCACUCGUUAAUGAGUUAAUUUUGAUGUUGCGAAGUCAGAGGGGUGAUGGUAGAGAUUGGACGAACAUAGUACCAUAUCGUAGAAGAAAUAUACGGACUUAGAAUUUAUUUAUAAUAUUUUGGAACAUGGUACUUUUGAAAUGGAUAUGUAAUG